GAAGGUUGUCCACCAAAAUAUUUUUCAGCAAUUUGGCUUGUCUCGGUCUCUUUAUCUGCUUCCUCGGACACAGAUUCUGGAAAACAGCUCAACAUCUUGACGUGUGCGGUUGUCGGUUCCUACACCAUCGUGUUGGUCACGGCGUGUUACAUCUACACCAGCCUCUCUUACAUCGGCAUAGAUCUACUCCGGAGGAUUCUGAACGAAGACUUCAACAGAACGUACACCAGCGUGCCCUUCCAACCUAAUGAUAUUAUCCUCCUGGCCGUUUGGACGAUGCUAGCCCUCGGGGGAAUCACCGUCCAGUUGCGCCGAGAAAGACACGAGGCUCCUUUCCCGCCACACCCGUAUCGGUUAUGGAAGCGUGAGAGAGAGCGCAGAGUCACCAACGUCUUGGAUCCCAGCCACCACGUCCCUCCCUUGAGAGAGAGGAUCCUCAACCAGCUGUCCCAGAUCAAGGACCUCUUCCAGAAAGAGCAGGCAGCGGGCGAAAGAACGCCGCUGCUCUUAUAAACCGACUCGCGGAGGGGAAGACUUGAAGAAACGCGGAUGGAUGGACACGGGGCACGGAAACCACGGACUUUCUCAGUGGUCUUUUCCACCCCCACCGAGCUGGAGAAGAAUCCAAGGUUGUCCCAAGACAAAUCUACUUCUAUUUUGUUCUCAAGCGCUGUAACAGCCAGGAACUUUUGGUCUGUAAUUUUAUCUUUGAUAGAAAAAAACAACAACGUGUAAAGUUAUCGGGGGCAGGAAGGGUAGAAUAGAAAGGUAGAUGAAUAAGCUGCGUGUGCAACUUUCAAACUUCAGCGUCCCGAGACAGAAAAUGAUAAUUUUCAGAUUCACGGGCCUGUCUUCACAAGUCCCAAAAGGACUUGGGAAAUUUAAGUUUUCUGAAUAGGAUGUGCAAAGUGUUGGGUAAGGGGGGAAAAAUAAUAAUAAUAAUUGUGGCCUUUGUGCUCUUAGCCAUUAACUUGGAUGACUAGUGCUAGUAAAUUAACAGGUUUCAAUUGUCAACGCAGCACUAAAAAUGGAAUUUUCCUUGGAUUGCGUUUACUAGUUGUGUGCGAGAGACGAACAAAACAUUUUAACUUUGAGAUAGGGAAGGAGGACUGGCUUUUCUCAAAAGCCUCUAGCAAAACUCUUAAUUAAAAAAAAAAAAAGGCUAGAAAAGUGAAUUAUCUCUGGAAUCGAGUGCUUUUUAAAAAAAAAAAAAAU